AUGGCUGAAAGUAGUGGAAAAGAAAAAAUAAAAUGGACAACCACAAUUAUCAUUAGCUCAUCACUUAAGAAUUAUGAAGUUGCAUCUGCUUUAGAAAAUCGAGGUCACAAAGUUCGAUAUUCAGAAUCAGUGGAAAAUGGAUCAAUUAUAUUUUCUCUUUCUGGAGUUGCAUUUUUAUUGAUGGAUACUGCAGAAUGUUUUAGAUUAGCUGAAGAAAUAUACGUAGCCAAAAUUGAGAAGUUUAUUAACACUCACCAAAAUAGUUUUUUGGUUCUCUCUGCUUCACUCCAUGGAACUGAGGAAUGGAAACUGAUGUUCAGGAUUCAGCAGAGAUUCCUGGGUAGUAACUUACGAAUACUUCCAGUACACAACACAGUAAAUGCCAUUAAUCUUAUGUGCACAAUAGCUAAGAUUACCUCCAAACAAUUUAUAGAUACCAUCUGCUACAGAAUGUCAACAACUAAAGCAUAUAUCAUUGAGCAAAGUCCUGUUUGGAAAACACUUCAAAAGUUAAAACUGAGUAGUGAGUCAUUUAAUCCAAAUUAG